AUGAAAAUUUAUUUUAUAAUUGCAACACUUUCCAUAUUAAUCAACGGCAAAGACACACAUGAUGAAGUGAGAACUUGUAUAAUGUAAUCAUUGUCUUCAACUGCAAAAUGUAAAAAUCAAUACACCAAGUGUUUUGAUGAUAUUGAUUGCAAUAAUUAAUUUGAUGACCUUUUUAGAAAUUGCGUAAUCCAAGGGGGAAGUUAAAUUUAUGAAAGUUAUUGUGUUAAUAUGGGCUUCAUUUAAAUUAGUAACGCAUUAUUGUCAGAUUUGUUUGAUUGUUUAGUUAGACAAUGUAACAUUAUGUAAGGGAAACUAAAUCAUAUUUAACUUUUCUCAAAUGUUUCUGGGUGUUUCUCAGAAGCCCUCUUAGACUCUUCUAAGUGUUGGAUUUAAUCUAAGAAUUGCACAUAAUAAUGUGAAGAAUAAUUGAAUAUGAUUGCUGAUUGUGAAACUCAUAUUAGUAAGGAUGAUGUCGCCAACACAAGGAAAUGUUUGGAUUCAAAGUCCUUCACUGAUACUAAGGCAAAGGAAAUCAAAUAAUGCCUUAUGAUAUCAUGUUUGUGA